UGCUGGGCGAUAGGCUUUUCUUCUAGACAGAUCUCGACCGAGUCGGCUCGAGUCACGAACCGCUGCCUGCUGCCUGCGCGCGGCAAGCUGCACGUAUAUACAGAUAUAAACACGGAAGGCCGCCGUUCUUCUUCUGUGUGCGGCAUUUACGGAGAAAAAGCACUGACAGUCGUUUUGGCAUAACCGAUCGCGGAGGAGGCGGAGAAGGAAGAGAAAAACGAGGAGAAGAAGAGAGUUGCCGAGCGGUAUGGAGUAGUGGAGAAUAUUACCAGGCCGUGAAGAACGCCGUCGUUUAUAAGCAUAGACUCUGCAUUUAGAGAUGUCCUCCGCUCGGACGAUGGCAGCACCAGCGGCGGCAGCGCCACACUAGAUAACGAAGGGUAGAGUGAUUACAGGUCUUCCUUCUCGCAUUGCUGUCAUCAUGAUGCUCAGCGGAGCUCUCGUCGUCUGCAGUCUCCUAGCAACGCUGGCGACGCUAGGCGAGGGUCUCACCGUGUCCAAGAGCGGCCCCUGGCGGCGUGCUCGUGAAUACGUAGUGUUACAACAACAGCAACAAGUGCGGACGCUGCACGGCAAGCACACGGCAGCGACGUUGACGAUGGAGCGGCGAGACGGCGGCCUCGCGCAGUUCAAACAAUGGCAGCGAGAAGCGCAGACGAACAGGAGCGCGCAUGACGCGCAUGCAGCCGCCGCCGCGGCGGGUAUUAGUGCUGCCGGGGAUCAGCCGGCCGGUGAGGCACCAGCAGCAGCACGACAAACAAAGACGCACGGGUCCGAUCAUGAACUCAGCGCCGUCGCCGACGGCGUGCUGUGGUCAGCGAAACUCGAACGACGCGUGCCGACGGGCUUCAGCGACGACGACGUCGUCGCGUGGAAGCGGGCGACGUCGGACAGCGCCGUCGUCGCCAACAUCAGCAUCGGCUGCGGCCGCAUGCAGAACCGCGUUGUAACGUGGCGCGACGGCACGCACAGCUGCGCCCGCUACCGACUCAACGCUGAGCAGAUCCAGGGCGAGAUCUACUCGUUCUACCUCAGCCGCCUCCUCGGUAUCGCCAACGUCCCACCGUCGCGGCUGUCGAUGAUCCACCCGCGCGAGAAGCGCUGGCUGGCAGUCAGUGAGCAACUCGCCGCCGCCGAGUGGCAGCUGGAGAAGCCAUUCGUGUUGGCGCGCUACGUAGACGGGCUCACGCCCGCGUACAUCCCGCCGGAGAUGCGUUACGCCAACAGGAGCUUGCACCCGUCUAGACGCCUGCUCGAGAAAUCCGAGGAUGAACUGCGCGAGCUCGUGCAGUGGAGCGACCUGAUCGUGUUGGAUUACGUCACCGGUAACGUCGAUCGCGUCGUUAACAACAUGUUCAACGAGCAGUGGAACGCCUACGUCAUGGACGCGCCUGCGCACAACCUCGACCGCGUCGCCGCGCCGCCCGCGAGCGGCUCCCGACAGGUGGCGCCAGGGCUGCUCGUGUUCUACGACAACGAGUCGGGUCUCCUGCACAGCUAUCGUCUGCUGGACACGUACCAGGCGUAUCACGAUAAACUGCUGCGCAGUCUCUGCCUGUUUCGCGCCAAAAACGCGGCGGCCAUUGCGAAGUUUCAUGACGCAGGCAACGUCGGUGACGUUCUGUGGAAAACCUUCGCCACCGCCGAACCAGAAAUGCAUAAACUGGUGCCGCGACUACCGGCCAGGAACGAGGCGAUUCUAAAUAAGAGAAUAACGGACGUUUUUAAUCAAAUUCAAAGAUGCUCAAAGCUCUACGGCAAAAGUUAGUUCUAUGUCUCCCACCCCCACAAUAAAGUCGAGAUAAUUCUGACGUAAAUAUUGAUAAACACAUGGAAUGAAUAUGUGGGGCCGGAUUACUGACACUAGGUUUUAUCACUAGCCUCAAAGAUGCUCAAAACUCCACGGCAAAAGUUAGGUCUACGCACUCAAUAAAGCCGAGAGAUAAUUAGGACGUAAAUAUUGAUGAGCGCAUGCGAUGUUGAUGUGAAUAUGUGUGGGACCCGUGUAGCAUGGUGUACAUCCCCCCAUGGUUAACGUCCCCCUCUACGUUGCGCGGGGGCAUGGGCAUAUCUUGUAGGGUGCGUAAUACCUUUGACUCUGAUUUCACCCAUAUUGCCUAUGCGCAAUGUAGAAGUAGGAAGUUUGCCAUAGGGGAAUGUACACGACGCUACACCAGACCAGUUACACUAGAUCUCACCCCCUGACCGAGGAAAUUGUGCCGCAUAGGCUUCAUCGUGGCUCUUGGAACCUAUCCCUCACGUUAACGUCGUCCUUGCGAAAUACAUCACGCACGUGUUAUAUGAAAUGAAGCACGAUUCAUAUUCGCGGUAAUACGCAUUGCAGCGACUGCGUGCCUGACACUCACUGUCCGUCAUCAACAUAGCUGCUUUCCGCCACGGAAAGCAUCGGUUACAAAUCCCGCUUGCCCCCAAGAAAGCGCCUUAACCAUAAAGGCGUGCCUAAUCAUAUACUAGCACCAAUCUAACUAAUCUAAAUCAUUUACUUCAGGCGAUUGGUAUCGACAGCUUACCUGCGCUUGCAUAUGCGCAUGCACGAUGGGAAAUCGUAGUCGUGCAAUUUAUCAACACCACGCAUCUGAGAAGUGAAAUCUCCCGGAUCGUGGAAUCAUUGCAGUAAGACGUGUGGUACCUAUCAGGCGUGUAUCUCUGCAUUAAUUAAACAAUAAUUGAGGUUACACAACUCGGUGAGGCGAAAUCCUGAAAAAAUAGUCGAGGAAGGAAUUAUUCAUGGUUCUGUGAAGGAUCGACGUGCCAUCAGGAGUGAAUAAAAACAAAUUUAAAAACAAACAAAAACAAUUUGUUUUUAUUCGCUCCUGAUGUUGUCAGCGUUUAAUUGUGAACGGCCCCACGUGAGACAAAUCGAACAUCAUCCGUGGGUCAGCGACAGCCGACGGAUCAUACGGAUUAUUUAUAUAUAGCUAUUUAUUUGCUACUGAAAUCGUCAGUAUAUAGAAAAUUUGCGUAGAUGUGAUGUACGUUUUCAACAAGCUUGAGGCAAGUAUUGCACUAUAUAGCGAUUGUGGUGGUAAGUCGCACGUACAGUCGUGGUGGAAGCGUGUUAAGAAUACAAACGUUAUUGUAAGAAAACUUUGCAAAGAAUCGCACUCAUCGACGCACGCGCGCACCCGGGUGUGGAUGGGUGCAUGGGUGUUGCUGCUGACUGCGUGCGUGCGUAGUGAGUGCGUGCGUGCGUUUCUGUGUGACUAGUAGUAGUGUAUACAGUUAUGUUUGUUUCUUUGCGAUAAGUUAUAACUCUGUAUAUAAUUGCCAAUAAAAUUAUAUAAUUUCGAAGAGAUGCAUGUCGUAGUCGCCAAUGACAAAUGAGAAUCAAAAAUGGCCAAAUGGAUGUAAAAUUUGUAAAUAAAGAUGAACCAUGUUAUUUCAAUACA